AUGCCAAGCGAAGAGACAAAAUUGGAGAAGGAAAGAAUCAAAGGUUACGUUCACUUGACGCAUAGAUCAGUAAAGGAGAUUAAGUAUGAAGCUGAUUUUGAAGUACCAGCAAAUUUUGGUGAGAUUGGUGUUGUUCUUGUGGAAAAUGAGCAUAAAAGAGAAUCAUUUAUGAAAGAAAUUGUUCUAGAUGGCUUUCUCACUGGUCCUAUUAAAUUUUCUUGUGAUUCUUGGGUUCAUUCCAAGUUUGACAACCCUGAUUUGAGAGUAUUUUUCUCCAACAAGUGCUAUUUGCCAUCUGAAACACCGGAAGGAUUGAAAAGGUUAAGAGAAGGCGAACUGGAUCCUGGUCUCAAGAGAUCUGUUCUUGGUGGCAAAGAACAUCCGUACCCGAGACGCUGUAGAACUGGAAGGCCUCGUUGCGCUAAAGAUCCCUUGUCUGAGAAGCCAAGUGACAAAGUCUAUGUUCCACGAGACGAAAGCUUCUCUGAUGUAAAGCAAGCAACAUUUUCUGUAAAUACGUUAAAGUCGGCUCUCCACGCGCUUGUGCCUGUUUUAAGAACAUCUGUAGUUGACAAGAAUCUUGGAUUCCCUAUUUUCUCAGCCAUAGAUGAUCUUUUCAAUGAAGGAUAUAACUUGCCUUCUCAACAACAAAAGGAUUUGAAGACUAUUUUGCCAAGGUUGGUUAAGCUUGUUCAAGAUAUAAUGGAAGAAGAAGAAACUUUCCAAGAUGGACAAGAUGAACAGAUAACGGCGGCGACGACUGAAGAAGACGGAACGAACGGCGGAGACGACUGA